ACAAUGUCUGGCAUCUGCGAAAGCAGAAGAACCACAACGCGUUGACGUUUCGAAGCUAGUGACAGUGGCGAGGAUAUUUUUUUACGUUAAAUUUUUGCAAUUGUUUGAUCAUUCGCGUUGAAUUAGUCACAUUAUUGAAUAACAACGAUUCACGGAGAACUAUUACCCCAGGUUUCAGGAAGCAAUGAGUUUCCCUGACAGACAAGACGGUGUUUCUAAAGACGAUUGGGUUGCCAAACUUGAAGACGGAUCCCAUAUACAAAGAGUUUCGAUGAAUAACCUCAUCAUGAACUACCUUGUCACAGAGGGAUUCAAAGAGGCAGCGGAAAAAUUUCAACAAGAAUCCGGUGUUGGGCCGACUGUUGAACUAAAUUCACUCGAUGACCGAAUCCGUAUUAGAGAUGCCAUCCAAAAUGGCCGUAUUCAGGAAGCUACAGACUUGGUUAAUCAACUGCAUCCUGAACUUUUGGACAACGAUAGAUAUUUAUACUUCCACCUACAACAGCUGCAUCUCAUAGAAUUGAUCCGUACCGGACGGAUAGAAGAGGCGUUACAGUUUGCCCAGGAGCAAUUAAGUGAAGCUGGAGAAUCUGAUGACAAUAUAUUGAGUGAACUUGAACGCACUCUGGCACUAUUGGCCUUUGACGAACCUCACAAAAGCCCGUUCAGUGAUCUUUUACACCCAACACAUCGACAGAAAAUCGCUAGUGAAUUAAAUGCUGCAAUACUGAAGAUGGAGCACCGCGAGUCGACCAGUCCGAGAUUAAACAAUUUAUUGAAAAUGAUAUUAUGGGCUCAAGACGAACUGGACAACAAAAAAGUUAAGUAUCCAAAGAUGACUGAUUUGGGCAGUGGGACUAUCGAAAGUCCAAAGUAGCUUUAAGUAAUUGAAUAUAAUUAAGGAAACACUCGUGUGACACGUGUCAGCAAUUUGUUUAUAGAAAUAUACCCUUGAAAAUGUGAUUCUAUUAUGUCUGAGAAUAAAUGUUUAUCUUGUACGAGAA